AUGAAAAUCCUCCUCUCCGGCGCCGGAAUAACAAGCAACACGCUCGCCCACUUCCUCCCCCGCCAAGGCCACACCCUCACGAUCCUCGAACGCGCCCCGACUCUCCGAGACACAGGCCUGCAAAUCGAUCUGCGCGGCCCGGGCGUGGAAGUGAUUCGACGGAUGGGACUUGAGAGCGCACUUAAGGAGAAGACGAUUCGGGAGGAGGGGAUUCAGGUUGUUGAUAGGGUGGGGAGGAGGAGGGCUUGGUUUCCUGUUUCAUCCUCCACGGAGGGGGAUUUGUUGAGUACUUCUGGCGAUGGGGAUGGGAGGGGUGUUUGGAAUGGGAAGGGCAAGGGGAGGAAGAGGAAGAAUACUACGUUAACUACCGAGUGGGAGGUUAUGAGGGGGGAUUUGUGUCGGUUGUUGUUUGAUUCUGCUCUGAAGGGUCAAGAGCAAGGGAAGGGUAAGGUGGAGUAUCGAUUCGGGACCUCGAUUGAUGAACUCCAUGAACGGGCGGACGGGGUGGAUGUGCGGUUCUCGACGGGGGAGAAGGAAGAGUUCGAUCUGGUGAUUGGUGCAGAUGGACAGAAUUCGAAGGUGAGGGAGUUGUUGAUUGCUGAGAGGGAGCGUCAGAGAAGGUUAUUGUCUCAGGGUCAGCAGCAGCCACAACUGAAUCAGGGUCAAGGUCAAGAUCAAGAAGCAGUGCAUGGCACUGGCCAUGCACUGACAGAUCCAUUCAAGCCCCUAGGCGUGUAUGCCGGUCUCUUCACGACUUCUUGGCCUCUCCCGACUCUAUCUGACAACCCCUCUCCUUCCUCAUCAUCAUCUCAACCUCAACCUCAACCAAACCCCGACUCAAACAAACUAAUUGGAACCGCCUACCUCGCGCCCUCCAAACGAGCCAUCUUCACCCGCCGCCACCACCCACACAGAAUCCAAGUCUACCUCUUCUGCCGCACCGACAGCCCGGCCUUCGCGGCGCUGAGACAAGGUCAUAUGGAUCCAGUCGAGGAGAAAGCGCUCCUGAAGCACCAUUUCGCAGACGCGGGGUGGAAAACGGAUCGGUUGAUGAAGGCACUUGAGGAGGCGGAGGAUUUUUAUUGUGAGAGGAUUGGGUUCGUGAGUAUGGAGGGAUGGUCGACUCUUCUCCCUUCUCCUCCUGCCUCCUCUGGUUCUGGGGAGCGGGAUUUAACUGGAGAGCAUGGUGGCAGGGACACAACCAGGGCUAGCUACACAGGCGGCCGUAUUGUUCUUGUCGGCGACGCAGCGUACGCUCCCUCCGUGACGACAGGCAUGGGGACCACGGCGGGCGUGGUUGGCGCGUAUGUCCUGGCCGGGGAGAUUGGGAAGCAUUGCACUUCUCAAAUUGCAUCUGGCCCUGCUGCGUCUACCAGAGCCCAUCAUCUUCCCUCAUCAUCAUCUGGCAUCGAACCUACCAGAUAUACUCCGGAGUCUGAACCUACUUCUACCACCACGCCCCCCUCCAUCUCAACAUCCAAUAUUCAACAGGCAAUCCUCAACUACGAACACAACCUCCGUCCUUUCAUAACCUACAUCCAGAAAGACCUCUCCGAGGGAAAAAGUGCGUGGGACUCACUGCCCCAGACGAAGUUUGGGGUCGGGAUGUGGAAUGUUAUGUUGGGUGUUUGUUCGUGGUUGAGGGUGGAUACGUUUGGGGGUUGGGUGAGGGAUGAGAUUUACAAGGUGAAGGGAGAGAAGGGGGAGAGGGGGUGGGUUUUACCGGAUUAUGAGGAGGAGGGGAAUUAUCAUCGGUUAGGGAAGAGGGAGUAG